AUCCCUGCCAGUGCUGCAAACUUGGCCUGGAAGGCGCAUGGGUUUUGCUGCUGCUGCUUGAGUUUUCGGUACCUGAAGGUCACCGCAUUGUUGAAAACGUCUCCGUUGGUUGAACACUUAGUUUCACCUGCUUCUCCGCAGCCAUGGCGGCAUCUGUCAGUUUGUUAAAGCGGCUGUCCUGCAACGAUAUAACUUUUCAAUCUUUAGGUUCAACAGUGAACCCAGCAAAGCGGUUGGCCCCGUCUUGUUUUUCCUCUGCCUCCAGUUUUUCCCCUCAACCAAAAGCGGCUUUGAGACCAAAAGCCAGUUUGUCAAAGGGAUGGGGCUGGCGGAGAACUCCGCUCGCACCACCAGCGAGAAAGGGUGUGAAUAUGGAGAAAGGGAUGGCAAGUCGAAGUUGGCGGUGCCAAAGUCAGGAGCUGGACAGUGUUGAAGAAACAGCCGAGAAACCCGACACCUCAGAACCUGUAUUCGAAGAGGAGCCGUCCCCAUCCACUUCAGGCUCCUCCGAUGCCGAAUUCCCUGCACCCACAAAGAAACUGAACCAGCGCCUGGCGCUCGCUUCGGUAGCGGUGGCAGUGGGCAUGUUUGUUGCGACGCGGGGGGCCGGUGCUGGCCCCGACUUAAACCAGCUAGCGGCUGGGGCAAUGCAGUAUGAUGCAGCAAUUACGAACGGAAGGCCGACGGUCGUGGAGUUCUAUGCGGAUUGGUGCGUGGUGUGCCGGGAGAUGGCAAAGGAGGUGUACCUUGCAGAACAGAACUACAAAGACAAGGUAAACUUCGUCUUGCUCAACAUCGACAACAAGCGCUGGGCGGAGGAGGUGGAAGAGUACGGCGUCGGGGGGAUCCCCCAUUUUGUCUUCUUGGAUAGCGACGGGGUAGAAGAGGGGUCCGCAGUCGGGAAGCUGCCCCGGUCAAUUCUAGAAGAAAACCUGGCAGCCAUGGCUAGAGGGGACAAGCUGUUGCCGCACUCAGGAGUUGUGGGUCGUGUUACUGAACCGGGGCAAAGGCCGGCGGGGUUCACGGCUCCUGCAGUGGUUGAACCAAGGACGCAUGGUUAGACAAAUUGGAUAGAUGGUUACUUGACAACGCUUCGUGUUUGAUAAGAGUUGGUUGAGGUAUGGUCUGAAGAUCUGAGAUGGCCUUGAAUGCAUAUCAAAAUUGAUCAAACAAUCAAGUCAUUGAGGUUCGAAUCGACAACGAGAAUCAGUCCGACUAAUUGUGACCCCCCUUUGGUAAAGUGUGUAGUCCAAGCAAUGCUCUGAUUCUAUACAUUUGGCGGGCAUUGCGGUAGCAAGGCCUGCAGCACGGAUAUGCAUGCUCG